AUGGCGGCUCAGAAAGUCAAGAAAACUCCUCAGGAGAAGAAGAAGGCCAAGGUCAGCAAAGAUGCCAAUUCUACCCCAGCGCCUCCGGAAUUGAUCGCUUCCAUCGGAGCUUUCCUUUCUCAAUAUGGGUUCGAGUCUACGAAUGAGGCUUUUGCCAAAGAGCAGACGAAGAAGUCUGUCUCUAAGGCCGACUCGAAGAAUGUACCAUCGUUGCUCGAACUUUUCCAGAGCUGGGAGGGUCAGAAGGGUGCUACGAAGCAAACCAAACGUUCUUCUCCCAGUUCCAGCUCUUCCAGCUCUUCCAGCAGCUCUAGCAGCUCCUCAAGCGAGAGCGGUGACGACAGCUCCAGCAGCAGCUCCGACGAAUCCAGUGAUUCUGAUGUUGAGAUGGAGGAUGCUCCUAAAGUGACAAAGAAGCAGACCAGAGAAUCUUCUCCGUCCUCAUCUUCCUCGUCUUCCUCUGACAGCGAUGCCGAUGAUGAAAAGGAAGACGAAGUCGCGGCUGCACCUACACCUGUGUCCAAGUCGACUGGGACCAAGCGGAAGGCCGAGUCGAGCUCUGAAUCAUCUUCGGACUCUGAAUCUGAAGAUGAGGCUCCCAAGACAAAGAAAGCCAAAAUCUCGCGCAAAUCAGAGACGUCCUCAUCCUCAUCUUCUGAUUCUUCGGAUUCGUCGUCCUCGGAAUCCGACUCCUCCGACAGCGACAGCAGCUCUUCAUCCUCAGGCUCGAGCUCCUCGUCUGACUCCUCGUCUGAUUCUUCAUCCGACCCAUCUUCCGAUUCUGACUCCGAUUCUGACUCCUCCUCUGAGUCUGAGAAGGACGCUAAGAAAUCUGCUAAGAAGGUCUUGAAGAGUGCCGCCAAGACACCAUUGCCUGAAUCCGGUUCCAGCUCUAGCUCGUCCAGUGACUCCUCUUCAGAUGACAACUCCGAUGACGAAAAGGAGAAGAGUGCCACCAGCAACGCUUCGUCGUCGCAGAACUCGUCUUCCGAUAGCAGCGGCACCGUCCAACCCUCAGAUUCGGAUGACAAGACCACACUGCGGGCUCUAGAAGCUACCUCUUCUAGUGCCAGCCCGGCUCCCGGAAAGGGUCCUGUGAGGAAGCACACUGGAGCCCGUCCUACACCUCUGGCUCUCCUUAGUGAACUCCCUCACGACCACCCUUCCAAUACUUAUAUUCCCUAUGCUUAUGCUGAAAAGGCAUUCGCUGAUCUUUCGGUGACCCGUGGAAAGGGCUUCACUAAGGAGAAGAACAAGAAGAAGCGUGGCUCGUACCGUGGUGGCCCCAUCGAUAUCUCUGGGGGCAAGUCUUUCAAGUUCGAUGACUAA